CUUUUUCGAUCUGUUGGUCCCUUUUUCCCUAAUACAGACAGAAACAAAUUGCAAAAGAUAAAUAUAAAUAUAAGAUUCCAAAACGACAACACAUAAAGAGAUUUUUUAACAAUAUAUUCUCUAAUUGUUACACGAAUUAUAACGUGACUUUUCCCAGUCUUUGGGAAGACAACUAAUAACAAUAAUGGGACAGGCACAGAGUUUGGCCGAUUCUUUGCCGGAUGUUGAUAGCGUUCAUAUGCAGGUAGUGCGUCAUACAAAAGUUCUAUCGGAAAUCAAUUCCUUAACAUAUGAAGAGUUCAAAACUUGUUUGGGUAAUUUAAAUGCACUAUCUCGCAAAUGCAUAGACCCAAAUGGAAAGCAACUGGUGUUUUUGGUCAAGAAUGGUACAGACACAUCACUCCUGUGGAAAGCGACCGUUAAAAUAGCCUGUGUAAAAGUUAAUCCUGAGACAAGACAAAUCGAUUCAUACAAAUUUCUCAAUCUCAAGCAAUUUUUAUGUGUAUUCAAAACGUUUCAAGCCCAUUUGGAGAGUCUGGUGAGCAGUGAACAACACAGGGAACAACGACGAGAUUCACAAUCCACCCCAGAUGACGAAGAGUCAACCAAUAGCAACAGUCAAAGGCAUCCCUUACCAUCACAGUUCACCACCUCAAUGUUUAUGAACGCCAUGAGCAAUAGCCCAGAUAGUGGCAGCGGUCUCAGUAGCCCAUCUGUAUCUACAUGUACCCAUAACGACCACAUCGAUGAGUGCUCCAUAUGUUUGGACAGACAAACUGAAGUAAUACUACCAUGUACUCAUUCCUUUUGUACGCCAUGUAUCGAGCAAUGGAACGUCAACAAUAAAACAUGCCCUAUUUGCUGCGAAAGUUUGGAGAGCACCGAUGAAACAUGGGUAAUGUCGAACAUUCCAGAAGUUGAGGAGAUAAAUGAAGAAAUUUGUGCUGAGUUUAUGAGUUUGGCCAAAAAUAAAUAACUACAUAGCGUAUGACAAUUUUGUUUGGUAUAACUAUAUAUAUUUCUGCCAAAAACAAAGCAAGAUCUAUAAUAUAGUACAUACAUAUUAAUAUGUUAAAACAUUUGAAUAUUUAAUAAAAAUCAUUGUUCGUUUAGUUAUGUAAGUUAAUAUGUAACGUAGCAAUAACAGUUGUUUGUAUUGACGCAAUUGUUGAACUAGACUAAUGUAUAAUUUAGAGAAUUAACCAUGAAAGAGAACAAAAAUCCUAUAUCAAAUAGCUGGUAAUAAAUUAUAUAUGAAAUAA